CGGGAAGAGCUGCCGAUGAGGGGGCGUGGCCUGCCCGUUGCCAUGCGCGGUGCCGCGCGCGCCGCCCGGCUCGUGGCCAUGGCCGCCACCGGCACCGGAACCAGCGCCGGCAUCGGGACCGGGCACAAGCGGCCGCACCCCGAGCCCGCCGCCCGCAUCGGCACCCACGACGGCACCUUCCACUGCGACGAGGCGCUGGCGUGUUUCCUGCUGCGCCUCCUGCCCCGCUACAAGGACGCGGAGAUCGUGCGGACGCGGGACCCGCAGCGCCUGGCCGGCUGCGAUGUCGUGGUGGACGUGGGGGGCGAGUACGACCCGGGGCGGCACCGCUACGACCACCACCAGAGGUCCUUCACGGAGUCCAUGCGGAGCCUGCGGCCGGACAAGCCCUGGAGCACGAAGCUGAGCAGCGCCGGGCUCGUCUAUUGCCACUUCGGGGCGCAGAUCCUGGCGGGGCUCCUGGGGCAGCCCGAGGACGGGCCCGUGGUCACAGCGCUCUAUGACAAGCUGUACGAGAACUUUGUGGAGGAGAUCGAUGCCAUGGACAACGGGAUCGCACCGGCGGCGGGGGAGCCGCGCUACGCCCUGAGCACAACCCUGAGCGCCCGCGUGGGGCACCUGAACCCCCGCUGGAACGACCCCGACCAGGACACCGAGGCAGGGUUCAGGAGGGCCAUGGAGCUGGUGGGCACCGAGUUCCUGCAGCGCCUGGAUUUCUACCACCGGGCCUGGCUGCCGGCACGGGCGCUGGUGGAAGAGGCCAUGCGGCGCCGCCUCGAGGUGGAUGCCAGCGGGCAGGUCCUGGAGCUGUCCCAGGGCGGCUGUCCCUGGAAGGAGCACCUGUUCCAGCUGGAGCGGGAGCUGGCCCUGCCCCGGCCGCUGCUGCUCGUGCUGUUCCCGGACCGGGGCGGGCAGUGGCGGGUGCAGAGCGUGCCCACAGCCCCCCACAGCUUCCAGAGCCGGCUCCCCCUGCCCGAGGCCUGGCGGGGGCUGCGGGACGAGGCGCUGUCCGAGCUGGCCGGAAUCCCCGGCUGCAUCUUCGUCCACGCCAGCGGCUUCAUCGGGGGCAACCGGACCCGGGAUGGGGCCCUGGAGAUGGCCCGGAGGGCGCUGGAGCUCGGGGGGGGCACAGAGAGCACGUGAGCCCCCUCCCCAGCAGGGUCACCCCAGAAGGGAGCCCCUCGCUCAGUGUGGGAUGUGCAGGGACCGUUCCCACUUGGAUCCUGCAUUCUCUGAGCAAUCUGCUGUGCUGGGGGGGCAGCAGCCCCUCCCGGGGGUCUCGGAGCACCCACCCCCUGUGCUGGAUGGGUGCCAGCCCAGCCAGAGACUCUUUGGCUCCAUUUCCUGGGAGUUUGACCCUGUUCCUGUCAGGUCCCUGCACCGAGGCGCUGCCAGCACCAGUAAAAACCAGUGUGUGCCCA